GCAGAAUGGAUAGGGCGGCGAGGCUGCAUGUGAAGACCGCAGCUCAUCACUCAUAGUGUAGUCGCAGGCCUCUCGUGUUUUAGUGAGAAGGACGGCAGGUCCGAAAGAAUCGCUCAUAGCUCUUUGUCUGUUUGGCGCAUCCACGCCGACCGACCGACAGAGCCACCUCACCGACGUGACUCGACGAGAGAACUAAGGUGAGCACGACAAUGGCCGCAGCCACUCAUCACGAUGGUGUACGUUGCUCCGGUUCGGUGUGCCUGUGCAUGUGUUUGCUGCAGUCAUGUCGAUGAGUGACGAGGGCGGCGCGCCGCCCAAACGGCCCCGCACACAGGGAGGAGAGGAAAUGACGCCAUCCGAUAGCAAAUCGGUGAGGCAACUGACUGACAGAAGAGCACUCGUGGUCACAUCACACCUGUCUGUCUGUCUGUCUGUGUGUUGUGGUUCAGUCCAUCGCUGAGGGUAUGGCUCAGCUGGAGGAGCGCAUCGCGUCACUUCACUCACACAUACAACAGGUGACCCACACGUCAGAGGGCUCACUGUGACGUGACGCCAUCCGUCCAGUGGGCUCUCACUCUCUGUGUUGCCGUCGGCUGUUUGUGUGUCUAUCAGGCCACUCGCGAGGCUGCCGAUGUGCAGGAGCUCUUCAACAAGACAGUCGCAGCACAGGUCAACCACACACAAACACCCACACAAUGAGGCCGUCAGCACACUCUCCCAUUGUGUGUCUGUGUGCUGUCGUGCAGACGCCAUUUCUCGCCCAGAAGUGGCCUGGCGUGUUGUCGGCUCUCUCGUCGGCUGUCGAGGGUCUGCGUGGGAUCGGUGAGGGCGUCAAGGGCACCUGCCGGCCGAUCGGCUGGGCUAAGCCGCCGCCACCCAGACACUUGGGUGACGACCUGUCGGCCGACGUGUGGCGUGGGGUCAUCCACCCGAUGCUGUCUGUGAGUGAGGCCGUCUGCUCGGCCCGCCCCACCAGCAAGGCACACGGCAGCCAACUGGUCGAUGAGGCCUUCAUGCUCAAGCGCAUCGACCAGGACCUCAACAAAGACUCACUCACCGGACUCGUCGAUGUCGAACGGCCCACCCCUCCCACAGGCACACCCACAGCAGCAGACACCGACCCCCCCGGUGGCCCCCCGACACACCCACAGCCAGACAGCGAUGCCGCCACGCCAGCGGACCGCAGCCGGCGGUUUCGCUAUCUGUCGGCGUCCGCCUAUGCACUGGAGCGAGGAGGGGCGGUGUUGCAGCAGAUGGCCGAUUUUAUUCAUCUAUCGCACAAGUACAAGCUCACAAAGGAACUGCCCCUCCGGCUGUCGGCUGAUGGGAUGGCCGACGACUUGGCCAACAAGACGGCCCUCGAUGAGCUGCCACUCGCCCUGGCCGUCUACAAGACAUUCGGCCAUCUGCUCACAUACAAGCCCGAGGGCAGCGACGAGGAGACCAGCCUGGCACUGGAGCGGGUUGAGGGGGGCGAUGAUGGCGACCAAAGUGAGAGCGGCCAGGACAGUGAGGAUGGCAUGGACGAGGGAGGGAAUGAGGAACAAGAUGACGACAUCGACCAGCAGGGGCAGGAGAAUGGCGGCGGUGACGUGAGUGCCGGAGAGGGACCAGGGGGCAGCCAGCAGGGCGGACAGCCAGGUGGUGUGAGGAGGCAGCGCUACAGGAUCGGUGAAGAGGACUUCACGACGGUUCACCUCGCUGAUUUGCCCCCCACCCACCCCUACCGCAGCACAUACGACGUCGACGAUCCCGUCGUCCGCCAUGAUGACUGUCUCUACCCAUCAUUCACAACAUUCCUCAAGGCGACGGUCCUCAUGCGGUGGUAUGGUCAAGAGGGGGUGGAGGAGGAGGAGCUGACUGAUGCUCAUGUUGGUCGUGACGACACUGGGUAUCAGUUCCUGCUGACGGCACCGGCCAUCGAGGGCUACAAGACCGUCGACUACAUCGAUGAGCAUCCAGUCCACCAGGGAUAUGACGGCCGGCGACUCAUCAUCCUCAAGGGCACCGUAGCGACCGACACCAUUGCGGCCUACCUGUUGGUGGUGAGUGGCAGCAUCCGCCUGUACACAACCGAGGCGCCGAGUGACGGCAGCACAGACAUCGAUCGCUACCCCAUUGCCGUGGCGGCUGCCCGCCCUUUGCUGGCCAAAUAUGGGCUGGAGAUGACAGUGCUUGCAUAGACGGCUUAGCUGACGACAGCACACUGGUGAGGAGGAAAGAGAGUAGGCGAGGGAGAGAGCAGGCGUGACAAUGCCAUGGCUCUCAUCAUUCCUUGUGUCGUGUGCUGUGUUGAUGUCUGCAGGUGUCGCAUCACUCUGUUGGCGGGGCAGCGGGGCGGAUUAAUGCCGCUGACGAGAGGAUUGGGGGGGUCGAUCAUGGUGCAUCUAUCGGGAUGGGGCGACAUCUCCGGCUGACGGUCUGUAGCCGACCUGUCAGGCCGAUUGGUGUGAUGCGGUGAAUGCUGGUGGGAGUGAGUGAUGGCGUGUGGCAUGGUGUUCACAGCUCGACCCUCUGCUGGCGUGAUGUGUGUCGGUUUCAAUGUAUCGUGCCUGCCUUGUAUGUAUCGAUACCAAUGAGCGGACGGGCGCUUUUAAUUGUAU